GCAGUUCGAGAAGAUGCAUCGAUUCGACCCGAACCUGCCCUUGGACGAGCUGGAGGAGGUCGAUAUCGCGCUAAACACGGCCAAUGUCGAGAAGGGAGCCGAGAUCGAGCAGAUCCUAGCCGAGGAUAACUCGCCAUAUCCAGAAGUGAGAUUUUGAUGCUUUGCCUGCUUGCUUGCCCGGCCUCUCAAGAGGGGAUGGGGUCGGAAGGAAGAGAAGACAUGCGUGUUCUAACAUCCGCUUCCCAUCAAGGUGCGAGCCACGGUCCGGAAUUUCGACGUUGACAUGCCGGUAAACACGAUACGGGCAUGGACAAUCGGCAUGCUUCUCUGCACUCUUGGGUCCGCCGUCAACAUGGUGUUGUCGCUCAGGAACCCGAGUAUCUCACUCACGACCUUCGUCGUCCAACUAAUCGCCUAUCCCAUUGGACUGGCUUGGGACUUGGUCUUUCCCGACCGAGUGUUCAAUGUCUGGGGUCUCAAAUUCAACUUCAAGCCAGGGCCGUUCAACUACAAAGAGCACGUUAUUAUUGUGGUCAUGUCAAACGCCGCCUAUGGCGGCGGUGCGCUGUAUGCCACCGAUGUCAUCAUUGCACAGCGGAUGUGGUACAACCAAAACUUUGGCUGGUUAUGGCAGAUGAUGUUCGGCAUCACGACACUGUGCACAGGCUAUGGGCUGGCUGGCCUUGCAAGGAGGUUUCUCGUUUGGCCCGCCGCCAUGAUUUGGCCGACUGACCUCGUCAACUGUGCGCUCUUCUACACCCUCCACGACCACUCUCCAACGGACCCGGCGCGGGCAAACGGUUGGAGCAUGAGCCGCUAUAAGUGGUUCAUGCUUGUUUUCUCCGGCUCGUUCCUGUGGUAUUGGUUCCCGGGCUAUCUGUUCAUGGGCUUGUCAUGGUUUUGCUGGCUCACCUGGAUUUGGCCCGAAAACGUCGUCGUCAACCAGCUCUUUGGCGGCUACAGUGGCUUCGGCCUGUUCCCCCUCACCCUGGACUGGAGUAUCAUCUCCGGCUAUCUCAUGUCCCCGCUUAUCCCGCCCUUCCACGCCAUUGCUAAUGUGGUGGGAGGCAUCACGGCCUUCUUUGUCGUUAUCUCGCUUGCAAUCCACUACUCGGGUAUGUGGUACUCAGCUUACCUACCUGUUCAAAAUUCGCACGCCUACGACAACACCGGACGUCUGUACAACGUGUCGGCCAUUCUGGGCGACAAUCUGCAGUUCGACGAGGCCAAGUACAACGCGUAUUCCCCCCUGUACCUCCCCACGCAAUUCGCUCUCGCCUACGGCCUCUCCUUUGCCGCGAUCACCGCCGUCAUUACUCAUGUCGCGCUUUACCAUGGCCGCGAGAUUUGGACGCAGUGGAAGCUGGCCCGGUCGCAGGAGGACGAUGUUCACAUGCGGUUGAUGAAGAAGUACCGCGACGCCGAGGACUGGUGGUACACUGUACUGUUCAUCGUCAUGGUCGGCCUCUCCUUCGCCGUCGUCUGCGCUUGGGAUACCAACUUCCCCUGGUGGGCUUAUAUCGUCUGCAUGCUAAUUCCACUAAUAUGGACGAUCCCGAUCGGCAUCGUGCAGGCCAUCACCAACAUCCAGCUUGGCCUGAACGUCCUGACCGAGUUUAUCGUCGGCUACAUGCUCCCCGGCCGCCCCCUCGCCAUGAUGAUGUUCAAAAACUAUGGGUACCUCUGCAUGUCGCAGGCGCUUUACUUCGUCCAGGAUCUCAAGCUAGGCCACUACAUGAAGGUCCCGCCGCGCGUCAUGUUCUGGUCCCAACUGAUCGCGUCCAUCUGGUCGGCCAUCGUGCAGAUCGCCGUCAUGAACUGGGCGCUCGAAACGAUCCCCGACGUCUGCUCCGAGACCCAGGUUCACCAAUGGAACUGCCCGAGCGCCCGCGUUUUCUACACGGCCUCCAUCAUCUGGGGCGCCAUCGGGCCCGCCCGCAUGUUCUCAGGCGACGCCCUCUACAGCUCGCUCCAGUGGUUCUGGCUCGCCGGCGCCAUCGCGCCCGUCAUCACCUGGUUCCUCGCCCGGCGUUACCAGCGCGGCAUCUGGCGCUACGUCAACAUGCCGCUCAUCUUUGGCGGCUCGGGCAUGCUGCCGCCCGCGACCGUCUUCAUCUACUACUGCUGGGGCAUCGUCGGCACCGCCUUCAACUACUUCAUCCGCCGCCGCCGCACCGGCUGGUGGCUGCAGUACAACUACGUCACCUCGUCGGCCCUCGACUGCGGCCUCAUCGUCUCGACCCUCGUCAUCUUCUUUGCCCUGUACCUCAGCGAAACCCAAGCGCCGAGCUGGUUCGGGAACACGGCUGCCCUGAGGACCAUGGAUAUGCUCAACCAGGCGGUGCAGAUCCCCUUGCCACCCGGGGAGACGUUUGGGCCGAGCACGUGGCCUUGAUAAGAGGAGCGGCUAGUGUUGGAAUGGUGGUUAUGGGAUUUGUGUGCGCGGGCGGAGUCUGGGAGUUUGGGAGUGGGAUUUGAAUUUGUGUGGCUGGAUGUCACAUCAUGGCAUGGG